AUGGAAGCAAGUGGAGCUGUGACAGCGAAAAAAUUCUGGAGCAUGUUACGUGCAUUGUACUUCAUGAUACGUAAAGGCAAGUCCAAGAAUCUCAAGUGCCUGCUUGAUCUUAGUAUGAUGAUUAAGCGUCACAAAGACUCCCCCGUCAAUAGGCACCACCUCUCCAAUGUUCAUCCCAGAGAGUACGUAUUCAGCUGCAGUAACACUCCUCUCUUUCGCGUCAAUAGACCACACAGUAGUAGCAGUACUGGUGGCUACCGUUUCUUCUUAUGUGCUAAGAUGCUUCGUGCAAACGAGGAGGAACACGAUGUUGGGAGUGUCAACAUUGCAGGCAUGAAGGCGUUGGAGAUGCUUCGAAGCCCGGUGGAGCAUGAUCAGGAUGAGAGGUGUGUGGACGAGGCAGCUGAGGAGUUUAUAAUCAAGUUCUAUCAGGAUUUGAGAAGGCAAAAUGUGAUUACUAAGAAUUGA